AACCACUUGCCUAUUUCACACACUUUAGACAUAAGUUUACACAAUAUCACAUCUCACAUGAAUCAUGCACAUAUUUUACACACCAUCACAACACAACAUUUGUCUACUCACUCACUAGUCCUGGUUUGCUGAACUCACAGAUGAUAAUAUUUUGCAGAAAGGGAUACUUCAGCACUUCCUGUCCUUCAAAGGAAAGGGCCAAGUCCCCACCUACAUCACCUGUGGGGACAUUAAAGACUGGAUAAUCUUGGAUGGACAAAACAUCCUUAGGGAGAGAUUUCAGACGGACAGCUGUGAGCAGCGAGAUGGCCUCAUUCACCUGGUCUGGGAGGUGAAUAUAAGGCUAAAGCUGCAGGACAUGGGCAGAGAACUGGGAAUGAGUCCCAGCAGCUCAGAAGCACCUCCGAUGAGCGCCCAGGAUACCCAGCGUGCCGCUCUCGCUGACCUGGAGUCUGCAGCUCUGGAGAAAGCAGCGGCUGCAGAGAGGUACUCCAGGUGGUAUUUUGAUGCCCGCUUGGUCGCGCGUCGGGCAUUGCGAGAGCUGGCAGAGGCUCUGGCACACCCGCUCGCCUGCACCCCCCACACCCUGUCAGCGGUGGUGGGGGACACCGUCACCGGCCUGCUCGGCGCCGUCAUGGAGCCAGCCAAUCACAGAGCGUCGAGCAGGGCCUUCAGCGAGGUGGCGGUGGGCGUGGCCGUUUGUGUGCACAAAGACCUGCGCGCAGCGGGAUGGGCGGAGGAGCGAGCUUUCGGGGCGCAGUGCUGGAGGUGGGCCAGGCCCAGCAUGAUGGGGGUGCUCCACAAGGCCCUGCUGGAGCAGACCGGCUCACCUGGGGCCCUGCAGGCCGCCCUGAGGGGGAACAGCGCCGCGGUCACCUCCGCCAUCGCCACCGCCAUCGCCAAGGCCCUUCUCACGGCUGCUGAUACAGCCCUGAACGCCGGCCCUGCCACGCCCGAGGAAGAGGGGCAGAUUCCUGCAGCAUCAGAUCCUGUGGACACUGCAAUGCAAACUGAGACACCAGCAACAUCUCUGGUGAAGACAGAUGCACACAAGACUACACUGGAGGAAAUUGACUCCCAAAAGACUCCACUGGAGGAAAUGGACUCCCAAAAAUCAUCCCUGGAGGACUCACAAAAAACAUCCCUGGAGGAAAAGACAUCUCGGGAGGAAGUGGACUCCCAAAAGACAUCUCGGGAGGAAGUGGACUCCCAAAAAAUAUCCUGUGAGGAAAUGGACUCCCAGAAGAUAUCCUGUGAGGAAAUUGACUCCCAAAAAACUCCACUGGAGGAAAAGACAUCUCGGGAGGAAGUGGACUCCCAAAAGACAUCUCGGGAGGAAGUGGACUCCCAAAAAAUAUCCUGUGAGGAAAUGGACUCUCAGAAGAUAUCCUGUGAGGAAAUUGACUCCCAAAAGACUCCUGGAGGAAAAGACAUCCCCGGAGGAAAGGACUACCAACAAAGUUCCAGGGAGGAAAUGGACUCCCAAAAGUCAUCCUGGGAGGAAAUUGACUCCCAAAAGACUCCACUGGAGGAAGAGACAUACGGAGGAAAGACUCCCAAAAGACUCCACUGGAGGAAAAGACAUCCCUGGAGGAAAUGGACUACCAACAGACUCCAGGAGGAAAUGGACUCCCAAAAGACAUCCUGGGAGGAAAUUGACUCCCAAAAGACUCCACUGGAGGAAAAGACAUCACUGGAGGAAAAUACAUACCGGGAGGAAAUGGACUCCCAAAAGACAUCCCUGGAGGAAAUGGACUCCCAAAAGACAUCCUGGGAGGAAAUGGACUCAAAGCACUGA